GUAUGGCUGCUGCUUCCACCAGAGCCCAGAGUAUUGGGCCUCGUUCUGCCCGAGCAACAGCACGAGCGUCGUGACUCGAACAGAUCUGGAGACGCGUCUGAUGAGGACCCUGCGGAAGUUAUCGUCGGUGAUCAGGCUGCUAGCUGGAGACACAAUCGUCAUUCUACAAACAUUCAACAAGACGACGCAAAUGAAACAACGUCGCUGCUAUCUCGACGCAGUUCCACUUCAAGUUCAACGCAUAAAGGUCCUGCUGUCUCGCUUUCCCGCGCGCUCGCCAUCCCCGGCGUCAUCGAGUUCUCUCUCUCGCUCUUCUUUGCUAAGCUCGUCAGCUAUACGUUUCUUUAUUGGCUGCCCAUGUACAUUAAUACAUCCACCCACCUAACUCCAAAAGAGUCGAGUACUUUGAGCACAGUAUUUGACGUGGGCGGCAUCGCGGGCGCCAUCCUGGCGGGGCUCGUGGCCGACUGUACCGGAUGUCCAGCACUUGUUUGUGGAGUUUUUUACAUAGUGUGUGCACCGAUGCUAUUCGUAUACGAGCGAUGGGGCGCGUCAUCCUAUGGCGUGAACGUCAUUCUGCUGAUCGUGAAUGGAGCGUUAGUGAACGGGCCGUAUGCGCUUAUUACAACUGCCGUGGCUGCUGAGCUCGGCACGCACAGUACACUUGUCGGCAACUCACAAGCGUUAGCCACGGUCACCGCCAUCAUCGACGGCACCGGAUCUAUUGGCGCAGCAGUAGGCCCCAUGAUGGCUGGGGUGGUCUCUUCAACCGGGUCGUGGACGCAUGUUUUUUAUUUGUUAAUAUCUUGUACUUUCUUCGCGCUACUACUACUACUCAGGAUAAUGAAAACGGAAGUAAUAAAACUUCGACAAGACAGAAGAGCGGCCUCACCACGCGUAGUAAGAAUAGAAUAAUUAUAAAUAACAAUUGUAAUUUUUGACAUUGCUCGCGAACAUUUCGUGUGUUAUAGAAACAAAUUCUUGAUUUUUCGAUAAGCGUUAUAGAGUGUAUUUAUUAUACAAAAAGUAUUAUUAAAAAAACGUUUUAUAAAGAAGAUGCUUAAUUUAAUCAUUUCGGUUUUCUUUAAUUGAUUUGCCUAUACAUCGAAUUUUUUGAAAUGAAACAAUUUUUUUGGCAUCUAAAUCACGUACAUUUGUUUUUUGAAAUUAAAUAGUAUUUUUUUCAUUUCUAAUUUUAAAAUUAAAUAUUUUGCAAAUUGAAUGUAGGGUAAACUGGAAUGCUCUUAAGUAAAUUAAAAAUUAAUAAUGUUGUAACUAUCCUUCAGAAUAAGAUGGUUUGCAUUAAUAUGAAACGUAACUGGUUGAUGACUAUACCAUCUCAGACAGCCUGUAAAGGGAUCGAAACGUUGGUAUGCUUGAAUAAGAAAUAUACGCGAUUCAGAUCCGAGAAAAGAAUUUCAUUUCAAAUUAGCCUAUAUUUUCAAUUAUGGAAUGUAAUGCCAUCUGGCGAUGUUGUAAAGAAACUUUGUGCUGGCCCCGCUUUGCGGCCCCCUGCCAAUAAGAGAGAGUUCCACCAUGGCGCUUUCAAUUUCGUUCAUAUUCUUUAUUUUACUAAAUGCUUAGUAAUAUAAUAUAUGACUUUGUUACUAUACUUCUAUAGGUACGAUGUUUACAAACUCAAUAAACUUUUAAUUAAUGAGGCUAGUUAAUUUUGUCUGUUAAGUUCGUCACAUA